GCUAUUUGCUGCCAAUUGUGUGGUCAGGAAAUCUAAUGUGAAGGUCUUCGCUGAAGGAGAGGAGUGGACGCAACCAUUGUUCCACAGGUCUCAUCUCGCCCUGCGCCGCCUCCAAACCACAGCUCCAAUCUUAGGAAAGGAGCCAUCGGCCACAAUGGCGCUGUGUCGACUCUCAUCCCUCUGUCUACUCUCAGUCCACAAAGCACUUGAAACCUCCUCAGCUGCUCUCCCUUGCAGUCCAAUCCCCACUAGUCCAGCCCCCACUACCAACACCACCGCUACUGGUUUCAACACUUCUUGUAUUGGUGGUAGAAGAAGAAGAAGAAGGGCUCUGGUGAGUAAGAGCGGAAGAGGAGUAAGGACGGUGGAGUGCCGAGCGGCGGUAGUGGAGGAUGUCGACGAGGAGGUGUUGGUUCCGGCGGAGGCCGAGGCGGAGGAAGCUGCGGAGGAAUACGACUGGAGACAGGAGUGGUACCCGCUCUACUUGACUGCUCAAGUCCCCGACGACGCUCCCCUCGGCCUCACCGUCUUCGACAAGCAGGUCGUGCUGUACCGAGACGGCGCCGGCGUCCUCCGCUGCUACGAGGAUCGGUGCCCCCACCGAUUAGCGAAGUUAUCUGAAGGACAGCUGGUGGAGGGGAGAUUGGAAUGCCUUUACCAUGGGUGGCAGUUCGAAGGAGAAGGCAAAUGCGUCAAGAUCCCCCAGCUGCAGGAGGGAGGGAAGAUACCGCGCGCUGCUUGUGUUCGGACGUACGAGGUGAGAAACUCGCAGGGGGUGGUGUGGGUGUGGAUGUCGGAGAAGAACCCUCCCAACGAUGAGAAGCUGCCCUGGUUCGAGCACUACGCCAAGCCGGGCUUCCAGGACACCUCCACCAUCCACGAGCUCCCCUACGACCACUCCAUACUCCUGGAGAACCUCAUGGACCCUGCGCACGUCCCCAUCUCCCACGACCGCACCGACUGGACCGCCAAGAGAGAGGACGCGCAGCCGCUGGUGUUCACCGUCACCGAGAGGAGCAGCCGCGGCUUCGCCGGGCACUGGGGCCGCUCCAAGAACCCGGCGUUGAUGAACUUCCUCAGAUUCCAGGCGCCGUGCGUCCUCUCCAACGACCUGGAGUUCGUCGACAAGGCGGGGGUCAAGCAAUAUUUCUCCGCGCUGUUCCUCUGCAGGCCGACGGGACAGGGGAAGUCUAUGCUCAUCGUGAGGUUCGGCGCCAGCUCGAGGUCUCCGGUGUUCAAUCUGGUGCCGGAGUGGUACUUCCACCAGAAUGCAUGCAAGGUGUUCGAGCAGGACAUGGGGUUCCUAUCGUCGCAAAACGAGGUGCUCGUAAAGGAAAGGGUGCCCACCAAGGAGCUCUACCUGAACCUGAGGUCCUCCGAUACCUGGGUUGCGGAGUACCGGAAGUGGAUGGACAAGGUGGGGCAUGGCAUGCCCUACUACUUCGGACACAGCAGCCUGUCGUCGCCGAAGCAGCCAGCGGUGGUGGAACAAGCUCCCGUGGGGUUGGUCGCCGGCAUCUCCGCUUCAUUCCCAGCCAAAGGAGGGGUCGGCACGCAGCACGCGCCCAAUCCGGCGAACCGAUACUACCGUCAUGUGGUUCACUGCAAGGGGUGUAGAAGUGUCGUCAAGACCUUCCAAGCGUGGAAACAAACACUUGUGCUGCUCUCCUUGGCUGCUGUUGCGUCGGCGAUCCUGGCAUCAGCACAGCAAUGGAAGGUUGUUUUGUUGGCGUCAGCAGCGCUGUUCUUGGCUGGAUCGUCCGUCUGCUCUUUUGUAGUUUCUCUCAUCACCACAAACUUCAUCAGAACUCACAGAAGGUUGUGAGGCGCUGAGUAUGUAUAUUAAGCCUUGUUUUCUUGCAAAAGUAAUGCAUGUGACUGCACCAUAUAAAACAA